CGGACAGCAAGAUUAUCCUUCCCAUAGUUCCUCUUCCCAUGCUUCUCCUUGUUUCUUCAUCUCAUCGCCUUCCUGACGUCAGGAUCGUCGGGGCGAGAUCGGCAGCGGCUGACCCAAGAAGAUCCAACUUCUUUCUCCCUCCUACCUUCAGCUUCUUGGUUCCCAUCCAAGAAUGUGCUAUAAUUACCAACGAGCAUCUAGAUCGGGCUUUCUCUGUCAUUGUUGGGUUCUCUCCCCAUACCGUGGUACUUCAGCGGUCCUGCUCAGAGGAGACAAGGCGGGAUGCCAGAGAAACCAGGGGUGGUGGUUUAGGUCGCCGACCUCCCCGUCACCUCGUGGUCCGCCAUGGGAACUUCCCGUCAUUUUACCGGCACCCUGCCCUGCUCCACCAUGGGAGCUGUUCUAGGUGGGCCUCUUCGCUUACCACAGCAUCUGAUUCGUAUACGGCGUUUUUCAACCUGCAACCAGCCGCUAUGGCCCCAUCAUCAGCCCCAGAGCCAGCUGGCAGCCGCUGGCAAGCACCUUACAGGGCACUGACACCACGCCCUAAGCCCCCCCUUCCUGCCUUCACCGUCGAUGCCGGGGUCGCUUUUAGCAAGCAAUUGCAAAGCUUCCGCGUUGCCGCAAUCGGAUACCUAUGAUCUCGACCUCUAUUUUGCGAGGUGGUGAGCCUUGUUGGCUUGGGGACCCUGUGUGCAUCCAGACCCAAAGUUGCGAAGACUCAGCAACCCAGCUCAGCGACUGGCUGGAACAGUUUGCCAUUCAAGCUCAAGCCAGAAGUCACCUGCGACCGUGAUAUCCGACAACUCACAAACCACACAAAACUACAUAGCCAGUUACCUUAGGUAGGUAGGCACGUUAAAUGGGAGCGCAGUCCCGUAUAUAUUCUGUAAUGGGUUUUGAUUAGAAUUUUGUAUCCCAGCCCCUCAAACCAGAGUUCUCUCGAGUAUCAGACCUGCGCUUCUUCGAGAAGCAGCUUUGAAGUCUGAACUGCCGAUUUUCCUCUUGGGACAUCCACUUGGCGAG